AUGCAUCUCUUCUAUACAUACUUGACUCUCUGGCAAGGAAGCUAUGCGAGGGGGCAUGAUAGGAAUAUUUUCCUUUCGGAUCUAGAUACUAGAGGAAGAGAUGGACGACCAUUAGUCCUUGAAAACGGUGAUGGAGGGGAUGGAUGGUUCGCGCGAGUCUUUCACGCCCCACCAGAUCCAAUCGAAGCGGUAGCAGUGAGUGCGGAAGAUUUCGAAACCGCUUUGAGAAAAAAGGGCAAAGCGGGCACUGGCUGUAAGGAAUUAGGAUUGGACAGAACCAACAUCGAAAGCUACUCCAACGGAAAUCGCCUUGGCUGGAAAGGAUUACUUAAAUACACAAAUGGAAUCAGCUGGAUCGUAUUCCCGAGCUCCCUAGUUGAAGCUAUUCCUACUUUAUUUCUAAAGAGAUUUACUUCCGUGGAAGAAAGUUUUGAUUUACCACGGCACUAUUUCAAUCUUCCAUUUCGCCCUGGGCCACAGCCUAGCCUUGGUACUUAG